UGCUGAUGUCGCAUAUCUUGCGCACGUAAUAAGAAUUUAUUUCUAUCAAGGUGGAGGGACAAAUUUCAAAGCUAUGCCAAAUAUCGUGAAAAAAAUGCGUUGUCUGUUCCAGACAGGCAUGGCGAGCGCUUCAGGGACCCAAGAUCAGGAGGAGUUCGACGUUACCGUCGCGGAGCUCCGCGACCUGAUGGAGACCCGCGGAUACGAGGCGGUCCAGAGGAUACAGGACGAGCAUGGGGGAGUACACAACCUCUGCAGGAAGUUGCACACCUCUCCAACAGACGGUCUCAGUGGUUCUGCGGCGGAUCUCACUCGCAGAAGAGAGGUCUUCGGUCCGAAUAUGAUUCCCCCCAAACCUCCCAAAACGUUCCUGCAGUUGGUAUGGGAAGCGCUACAAGAUGUCACCCUCAUCAUCCUCCAGGUGGCAGCACUAGUAUCCCUCGGCCUUGCCUUUUACGAAUCACCAAAAGAGGAGGGAGCGAAAGGACAUGACGAAGGGGAGAGUGAGGCAGGGUGGAUCGAAGGUGUAGCUAUCCUGGUGUCGGUAGUGAUCGUGGUGUUGGUGACAGCCUUCAACGACUACACCAAAGAGCGGCAGUUUCGGGGCCUCCAAAACCGAAUCGAGCACGAGCACAAAUUCUCUGUGAUAAGAGGGGGGGAAGUGAUGCAGAUCCCAGUGAGCGAUAUCGUGGUGGGGGACAUCUGCCAAGUCAAGUAUGGGGAUCUUUUACCAUCGGAUGGAAUCAUCAUUCAGAGCAACGAUUUGAAAGUGGACGAAAGUUCUCUAACGGGAGAAUCAGAUCAUGUAAAAAAGGGGGAGGAUUUUGACCCCAUGAUGCUCUCAGGUACACACGUAAUGGAAGGCAGCGGCAAGAUGCUUGUUGCUGCAGUUGGUGUGAAUUCACAAGCUGGAAUCAUCUUCACAUUGUUAGGAGCAGCCAAAAAUGAAGAACACGCAGUAGCCAAACCUAACCCUAAAGCUGCAGAAGUUGAAGCAAACAUUCCAAAUGAUACUGCCCCUCAUCAAGAAGAAGUUAUCCCCCCAAAGAAGGCCAACGAAGACAGUAAUCCCCACAAAGAAAAAUCUGUGCUCCAGGCCAAACUGACCAAGCUAGCUAUUCAAAUUGGAUACGCAGGUUCGACGAUAGCAGCGUUCACAGUUGUAAUCCUCAUGAUCCGGUUUGCUAUCACAACGUUUGUUGUGAACGAGAAUACAUGGAAGGCGGAGCAUACACAGAUGUUGGUCAAGUUCCUCAUCAUCGGAGUCACGGUGCUGGUGGUCGCCGUGCCGGAGGGACUGCCUCUAGCCGUAACCCUCGCCCUUGCCUAUUCCGUCAAGAAAAUGAUGAAAGAUAAUAAUUUGGUGCGACAUCUUGACGCCUGUGAGACGAUGGGCAAUGCUACUGCCAUUUGUUCCGAUAAAACUGGAACACUUACCACCAACAGAAUGACUGUAGUGAGAAGCUAUAUCUGCA